ACAUCCAGAGGGGUGGAAACUUCAGCGGCAGCGGAGAUGAUUUGUAACGUCCUUGCAAACGCGCGUGGGUAGACCGGGCAGGAUCGGGCCGGGGAAAGAGAUCGUUCAGUCUUGCACACACCCGUGGGCUGAGGGACGCCUCGCUGUCGCCGCUUUGCAGGCUGGUGGGAGCUUGCAGAGCGCAGGAUUUGUGCAAUCGCGACCCCCCCUGGAUCGGGUCUUGGCUACCAGGGAGAAGUGAUGGCUUUGCUCCCCAUGAUUGCUCUACUGCUGUUGGCCAAACUGAACACCGGGCAAGACUUCCCUUUCAGAGACCCCACGUUGCCUUGGGAGGAACGGCUGGAUGACCUGGUGAACAGGUUGACGCUGGAGGAGAUGGUACUGCAGAUGGCAAGAGGAGGUUCAAAUGGUAACGCACCAGCACCACCCAUUAAGCGGCUGGGCAUUGGGCCCUACAGCUGGAAUACAGAGUGCUUACGUGGGGAUGUAGAGGCCCAUGGAUGGGCAACUUCCUACCCCCAAGCCCUGGGCUUGGCUGCCUCCUUCAGCCCUCAACUCAUUUACCAUGUCGCCAACGCCACAGCCACAGAGGUUCGUGCCAAACACAACGACUUCGUCUCUCAGGGUUACUAUGCCGACCACACGGGCCUGAGCUGCUUCAGCCCCGUGUUAAACAUCAUGAGGCACCCGCUGUGGGGAAGGAACCAGGAGACCUAUGGGGAGGACCCGUUCCUGACAACAGAGCUAGGUGUGGCUUUUGUGAAGGGGCUUCAGGGCGAGCACCCCCGCUACAUCAAGGCCAGCGCCGGUUGCAAGCACUUUGACGUCCACGGGGGCCCUGAGAAUAUCCCCUCAUCCAGGUUGGACUUCGAUGCCAAGGUGGACGAGCGUGAUUGGCGCAUGACCUUCCUGCCUCAAUUUGAGGCCUGCGUACGAGCUGGAACCUUCAGCGUCAUGUGCAGCUAUAACAGGAUUAAUGGAAUCCCUGCCUGUGCUAACAAGAAGCUGCUCACAGACAUCCUGCGUGGCGAAUGGGGCUUUGAGGGCUAUGUGGUGAGCGAUGAGGGAGCUGUGGAGCUGAUCAUGAUUGGGCACAUGUUCACACACAGCAUCCUGGAGACGGCAAUAGCUUCCGUGAAUGCCGGAUGCAACCUGGAAGUUUCGCUUGCGAUGAGGCACAACUUUUUCACUUAUGUAGGCAAGGCGGUUGCCAUGGGAAAGAUCUCCUUGGAGACGGUUCGGGCCCGCGUCCGCCCACUUUUCCGCACCCGCAUGCGUCUGGGUGAGUUUGACCCGCCGGCCAUGAACCCCUACAAUGCACUGGGCCUCAGCGAUGUGCAGACUGUGGCUCACCGCCAACUGGCACUUCAUGCUGCCAUUCAGUCCUUCGUCCUGCUAAAAAACCAGGACGGGACCCUGCCUCUUAAGGCCCAAGACGUUUCGGGCAAGAGCAUUGCGUUGGUCGGGCCUUUUGCAGACGACCCUGAUCUUCUCUAUGGGGAUUAUGCUCCAAUCCCAGAUCCUCAGUACGUCUAUACACCCAGGAGAGGCUUGGCAACCAUUUCGACGAAUGUCACCUUGGGCGCUGGAUGUCACGCUGCCUCUUGUAAGAAGUACUACCCUGCUGAAGUGAAGGCCGCGGUACAAGCAGCAGACAUCGUGGUCGCGUGCCUGGGUGUAGGACUUUACCUGGAGAGAGAAAACUGUGAUCGGAAGGACUUGGACUUGCCCGGGCACCAGCUGGAACUUCUGCAGGACGUCGUGAAAUGGGCUGCGGGGCGUCCAGUGAUUCUGCUACUGUUCAAUGCAGGCCCACUUGACGUGGGCUGGGCCAAAGCACAUGACGGCGUGGGAGCCAUCAUAGCCUGUUUCUAUCCUGCUCAGGCCACGGGCCUGGCUCUUGCCAAGGUGUUGUUGGGAGCCGAAGGGGCAAAUCCUGCAGGCCGACUGCCUGCCACGUGGCCAGCAAGCAUGCACCAGGUUCCACCAAUGGAGAACUACACCAUGGCUGGCCGGACGUACCGCUACUACGGGGAUGAGGCUCCGCUGUACCCCUUUGGCUACGGGCUCUCGUUUACCACCUUCCGGUACAGCGACCUGGUGGUGGGUGCUGACAUUGUGCCCAUAUGUGGCAACCUCAGCGUCUCUGUGGUGGUGAAGAAUGUUGGCUUGAGAGACGGCGAGGAGGUGGUACAGCUCUACCUCCGCUGGGGUGGCGCAUCUGUGCCAGUGCCCCGCUGGCAGCUGGUUGGCUUCCGCCGGGUGACGGUCCCUAUGGGAGACACUACGAAGGUGGCCUUCCAGUUACCCUUCAGGCAGAGAGCUGUGUGGGCUGGAGAGUGGCUCCUGGAACCUGGCACUUUCACCCUUUUCGUCGGUGGGCAGCAGCCCUUCCAGGACACCCGGGCCCCUUCGAAUGUCCUGCAGGCCAGUUUUACGGUCUCUGGGAGCGCCCGGGGAACCAGCCGUUGCUAGCGGCCGGGACUGAGGAGGAGCACUCAGAGAAGCGACACGACGGCUCCCCAGGCCUGAGAACGUGCGUCUGCAGUGUGCUUUUGCAUUGAGCAACAACUUGGAACAGAGAGGAUGGGAGAUGCUGUGUGAGGCCCAGCGGAUCGCAGGAGAUGCUACGACUCAUCCGGAGAAACGUCAGCCUCGCUUUUGCUGAACACGGUGGCUGGAACUGAUUGUGAUGGGAUAUGGGGUUGAGGCUGGAGGAGAGAGUUCAGAGCAAAUAAAAGAU